AUGCUUGUUUUCCACACAGAGUUUACCAAUGCCAGGCAUGGCCUUGGGACUGGAGAGGAGCAGGGAGAAGACGUGAGGAAAGGACGGAGGAACAGGUUCAAAUGGGGACCCGCCUCCCAGCAAAUCCUAUUCCACGCCUAUGAACGACAGAAGAACCCAACUAAAGAGGAGAGAGAGGGAUUAGUGGAGGAGUGUAACAGGUGAGAUAGAGGGGAGGGGUCAGAUAAAAAGUAACAGAAAUGGUAAGAAAUGUUCCCAGUUCCAGUGCAAUGGAGGAGCUGUCAUUGUCAUUUUAGCGUGUCCCCCUUUAAACACGUUUUUUCUUGCUCUGGGGCCUCUCUGGCUCUCCCUCAGUGCUGAGUGUCUCCAGAGGGGUGUGUCUCCAUCGCAGCUGGCUGGCCUGGGCUCUAACCUGGUGACAGAGGUACGAGUGUACAACUGGUUCGCUAACCGCCGCAAGGAGGAGGCCUUCCGCCAUAAACUGGCUCUCGAUUCGCCUUACACCAGCCAAUCAGCAAGCACCACCAACCAAACUUUCUCACACAACCCUGUGCAAGGUAACACUCACUAACACCAAAGUGAAUAAAAAAUAUUAUUUCAUUGAAUCCACAAACAGCAUAAUGAAUCAUUCAUGUUGUCCUCAGAUGUUGUGUUAUGUACUAUUAUUAGUACCGCUAUACAGAGGAACAGAACCAAGACUGCCAGGGUGCAAAAUGUCUUUAUUUAUUUAUUUAUUUAUUAUUAUAAUUUUUUUAGCAGACGCUCUUAUCCAGAGCGACUUACAGUUAGUGAGUGCAUACAUUAUUAUUUUAUUUUAUCAUUCCCCGUGGGAAUCGAAACCACAACCCUGGCGUUGCAAACGCCAUGCUCUACCAACUGAGCUACAUCCCUGCCGGCCAUUCCCUCCCCUACCCUGGACGACGCUGGGCCAAUUGUGCGCCGCCCCAUGUGUCUCCCGGUCGCGGCCGGCUACGACAGAGCCUGGAUAUACCACCUGAUCCUAACUCAUCCUAACACUCUUCCUCUCUUCCAGGCAUGAAGUACAGCCAGCAAAUCACAUGUGACAGUCUGGGAUCAGUGAAGGGUCACAGUGGAGACCGAGGCUUGGCAGACUGCCUGGCCAGCCCCAUCCAACUUGAGCCCAGCCACACACUCCUGGAAACAAGCCAUCACAAACUAGUGAGAUCACCUACCAUUAUACGGAAAGCAUUCAGAAAGUAUUCAGACCCCUUCCCUUUUCCCACAUUUUGUUACGUUACAGCCUUAUUCUAAAAUUGAUUAAAUAAAUAAUAAUCAUCAAUCUACACACAAUACCCCAUAAUGACAAACCGCGAACUGGUUUUUAGAAUUUUUGCAAAUGUAUUAAAAAUAAAAAACAGAAAUAGCUUAUUUACAUAAGUCUUCAGACCGUUUGCUAUGAGACUCGAAAUUGAACUCAGGUGCAUCCUGUUUCCAUUGAUCAUCCUUGAGAUGUUUCUACAACUUGAUUGGAGUCCACCUGUGGUAAAUUCAAUUGAUUGGACAUUAUUUGGAAAGGCACACACCUGUCUAUAUAAGGUCCUACAGUUGACGACGACAUGGAUAACAUACAGCUGGCGGGAUAAAUGCUACAUUGGCAGGAUAGAACGGCUGACUCCGGUAAGACAAGGGGUGGCGGUCUAUGUAUAUUUGUAAACAACAGCUGGUGCACGAAAUACAAUAUUAAUAAUAAUAAUAUGCCAUUUAGCAGACGCUUUUAUCCAAAGCGACUUACAGUCAUGCGUGCAUAUUUUUUUUUGUGUAUGGGUGGUCCCAGGGAUCGAACCCACUAACUUGGCGUUACAAGCGCCGUGCUCUACCAGCUGAGCUAUAGGAAGUCUCAAGGCUUUGAUCGCCUGAGGUAGAGUAUCUCAUGAUAAGCUGUAGACCACACUAUUUUUCGUAGCUGUCUAUUUACCACCACAAACCGAUGCUGGCACUAAGACUGCACUCAAUGAGCUGUAUAAGGCCAUAAGCAAACAGGAAAACACUCAUCCAGAGGCAGCGCUCCUACUGGCCGGGGACUUUAAUGCCUAAUUUCUACCAGCAUGUUAAAUGUGCAACCAGAGGAUAAAAAACUCUAGACAACCUUUACUCCACACACAGAGACGCGUACAAAACUCUCCCUCGCCCUCCAUUUGGAAAAUAUGACCAUAAUUCCAUCCUCCUGAUUCCUGCUUACAAGCAAAAACUAAAGCAGGAAGCACCAGUGACUCGGUUAAUAAGGAUGUGGUCAGAAGACGCAGAUGCUAAGCUUCAGGACUGUUUUGCUAGCACAGACUGGAACAUGUUCCGGGAUUCUUCCGAUGGCAUUGAGGAGUACACCACAUCAGUCACUGGCUUCAUCAAUAAGUGCAUAGAUGACGUCGUCCCCACAGUGACUGUACACACAUACCCCAACCAGAAGCCAUGGAUUACAGGCAACAUCCGCACUGAGCUAAAUGGUAGAGCUGCCGCUUUCAAGGAGCGGGACUCUAACCCGCACGCUUAUAAGACAUCCCGCUAUGCCCUCCGACACACCAUCAAACAGGCAAAGAGUCAAUACAGGACUAAGAUUGAAUCGUACUACGCCGGCUCCGGUGACUACAAAGGGAAGCACAGCCGCAAGCUGCCCAGUGACACAAGCCUACCAGACGAGCUAAAUCACUUCUAUGCUCGCUUCGAUGCAAGCAACACUGAAGCAUGCAUGAGAGCAUCAGCUGUUCCGGAUGACUAUGUGAUCACGCUCUCCGUAGCCGAUGUGAGUAAGACUUUUAAGCAGGUCAACAUUCACAAGGCCGCAGGGCCAGACGGAUUACCAGGACGUGUACUCUGAGCAUGCGCUGCCCAACUGGCAAGUGUCUUCACUGACAUUUUCAACAUGUCCCUGACUGAGUCUGUAAUACCAACAUGUUUCAAGCAGACCACCAUAGUCCCUGUGCCCAAGAACACUAAGAUAACCUGCCUAAAUGACUACCGACCCGUAGCACUCACGUCUGUAGCCAUGAAGUGCUUUGAAAGACUGGUCACGGCUCACAUCAACACCAUUAUCCCAGAAACCCUAGACCCACUCCAAUUUGCAUACCGCCCCAACAGAUCCACAGAUGAUGCAAUCUCUAUUGCACUCCACACUGCCCUUUCCACCUGGACAAGAGGAAUGCUAUUAAUUGACUACAGCUCAGCAUUCAACACCAUAGUGCCCUUUAAGCUCAUCACUAAGCUAAGGACCCUGGGACUAAACACCUCCCUCCGCAACUGGAUCCUGGACUUCCUGACGGGCCACCCCCAGGUGGUAAGGGUGGGUAACAACACAUCUGCCACGCUGAUCCUCAACACGGGGGCCCCUCAGGGGUGCGUGCUCAGUCCCCUCCUGUAUUCCCUGUUUACCCAUGACUGCACGGCCAGGCAUGACUCCAACACCAUCAUUAAGUUUGCCGACAACACAACAGUGGUAGGCCUGAUCACCGACAACGAUGAGACAGCCUAUAGGGAGGAGGUCAGAGACCUGGCCGUGUGGUGUCAGGAUAACAACCUCUCCCUCAACGUGAUCAAGACAAAGGAGAUGAUUGUGGACUACAGGAAAAAAAAGAGGACUGAGCACGCCCCCAUUUUCAUCGACGGGGCUGUAGUGGAACAGGUUGAGAGCUUCAAGUUCCUUGGUGUCCACAUCACCAACAAACUAUCAUGGUCCAAACACACCAAGACCGUCGUGAAGAGGGCACGACAAAGCCUAUUCCCCCUCAGGAGACUGAAAAGAUUUGGCAUGGGUCCUCAGAUCCUCAAAAAGUUCUACAGCUGCACCAUCGAGAGCAUCUGGACUGGUUGCACCACCACUUGGUAUGGCAACUGCUCGGCCUCCGACCGCAAGGCACUACAGAGGGUAGUGCGUACGGCCCAGUACAUCACUGGGGCCAAGCUUCUUGCCAUCCAGGACCUAUAUACCAGGUGGUGUCAGAGGAAGGCCCUAGAAAUUGUCAAAGACUCCAGCCACCCUAGUCAUAGACUGUUCUCUCUGCUACCGCACGGCAAGCGGUACCAGAGCACCAAGUCUAGGUCCAAAAGGAUUCUUAACAGCUUCUACCCCCAAGCCAUAAGACUCCUGAACAGCUAAUCAUGGCUACCCGGACUAUUUGCAUUGUCCCCCCCCACCCCACCCCCACCCCACCCCACCCCCUCUUUUAUGCUGCUGCUACUCUGUUUAUUAUCUAUGCAUAGUCACUUUAACUCUACCCACAUGUACAUAUUACCUCAACUAACCGGUGCCCCCGCACAUUGACUCUGUACCGGUACCCCCUGUAUAUAGCCUCCCUACUGUUAUUUUACUUUACUGCUGCUCUUUAGUUAUUUUUUAUUUUACUUAACACUUAUUUUUCUUUAAACUGCAUUUUUGGUUAAAGGCUUGUAAGUAAGCAUUUCACUGUAAGGUCUACACCUGUUGUAUUCAGCGCAUGUGGCAAAUACAAUUUCAUUUGAUUUGACAGUGUAUGUCAGAGCAAAAACCAAGCCAUGAGGUUGAAGGAAUUGUCCGUAGAGGGGGAGAAGGGCCUUGGUCACUCUGAGAGAGCUCCAGAGUUCCUCUGUGGAGAAGGGAGAACCUUCCAGAAGGCCAACCAUGUCUGCAGCACUCCACCAAUCAGGCCUUUAUGGUAGAGUGGCCAGAAGGAAGCCACUCCUCAGUAAAAGGCAUAUGACAGCCCGCUUGGAGUUUGCCAAAAGGCACAUAAAGGAUAUCUCAGACCAUGAGAAACAAGACUCUCUGGUCUGAUGAAACCAAGAUUGAACUCUUUGGCCUGAAUGCCAAGCAUCACGUCUGGAGAAAACCUGGCACCAUCCCUACGGUGAAGCAUGGUCGUGGCAGCAUCAUGCUGUGGGGUGUUCUUCAGCGGCAGUGACUGGGAGACUAGUCAGGCUCGAGGGAAAGAUGAACGGAGCAAAGUACAGAGAGAUCCUUGAUGAAAACCUGCUCGAGAGCGCUAAGGACCUCAGACUGGGGUGAAGGUUCACCUUCCAACAGGACAAUGACCCUAAGCACACAGCCAAGACAAUGCAGGAGUGGCUUCAGGACAAGUCUCUGAAUGUCCUUGAGUGGCCCAGCCAGAGCCUGGACUUGAACCCAAUCUAACAUCUCUGGUGAGACCUGAAAAUAGUUGUGCAGCGACACUCCCCAUCCAACCUGACAGAGCUUGAGAGGAUCUACUGAGAAGAAUGGGAGAAACUCCCCAAAUACAGGUGUGCCAAACUUGUAGCGUCAUACCCAAGAAGACUCUAGGCUGUAAUCGCUGCCAAAGGUGCUUCAACAAAGUACUGAGUAAAGGGUCUGAAUACUUAUGUAAAUGUGAUUUCAGUUUUGUAUUUAUUUAUAAAUUUGCAAAAACUUCUAAAAACAUGUUUUUGCUUUAUCAAUAUGGGGUAUUGUGUGUAGAAUGAUGAGGAAAAUCAAUUUUAGAAUAAGGCUGUAAACGUAACAACAUUUGGAAAAAGUCAAGGGGUCUGAAUACUUUUCGAAUGCACUGUAUAAUCAUUAACCAUAUCUCACACAUUGUCACAAACCAGUGAGAUCACAAACAACCUCCCAUUUUCACAAACCAGAGAGAUCAGCAAAUAUGUUCACAUUAUCACAAUACACAUCACAAUACAGAGAUUAGUAACUGCAUCACAACAUCAUGCAAACCAGUGUGAUCACAUAUAAUAUUAUAGCAUAAUAAGCCAAUGAUAUCACAAACCACAAUACAUCAUCAUAAGCAAAUUAGAUCACAAACCAUAUUACAUCAUAACAAAAAGCCAGUGGGAUCGCGGACCAUAUUUAUUACAUCAUAACAUAAGCCAAUGAGAUCGCAAUCCAUUUCAUAUCAUCACAAGGGAUAGAUCAUCAUGUAAGCCAGUGAAAUUAAGAGACAUAUCGCAUCAAACUAGUAAGAUCGUACAAUACUUCCCGUCAUCAUAAACCUUUGAGUUUACAAAGCAUCUCAAUCCUCAUAAUAAUCUAUGACUGUUGUUGUCACUAUCUGCCAACCACCCGCUUUCCCAUCUCAGGUAUCAGGAGGUGGUCCACUGCCCCCAGUAAGCACCCUGACCUCACUGCACAGUCUGUCUGCCUCGCCUUCUCCCCCCCAGGGACUCAUCAUGGCCUCCCUGCCCAGCGUCAUGUGUCUGGGAGAGUCUUCUCUCCUCAUAGGUAAUUUAUGACAUUAUCGAUCAUAGUCUGCUGCUGGAAAAACAUAUGUGUUAUGGCUUUACACGCCCUGCUAUAUUGUGCAUAAAAAGUUACCUGUCUAACAGAACACAGAGGGUAUUCUUUAAUGGAAGCCUCUCCAACAUAAUCCAGGUAGAAUCAGGAAUUCCCCAGGGCAGUUGUCUAGGCCCUUUACUUUUUUCAAUCUUUACUAAUGACAUGCUACUGGCUUUGAGUAAGUAAAGCCAGUGAGGGAAAAAAGUAUUUGAUCACCUGCUGAUUUUGUACGUUUGCCCACUGACAAAGACAUGAUCAGUCUAUAAUUUUAAUGGUAGGUUUAUUUGAACAGUGAGAGACAGAAUAACAACAAAAAAAUUUUACUUUUUUCCCUCACUGUAUGCGGAUGACUCAACACGUCAGCUACUACAGCGAAUGAAAUCACUGCAACACUUAACAAAGAGCUGCAGUUAGUUUCAGAAUGGGUGGCAAGGAAUACGUUAGUUCUAAAUAUUUCAAAAACUAAAAGCAUUGUAUUUGGGACAAAUCAUUUACUAAACCCUAAACCUCAACUAAAUCUUGUAAUAAAUAAUGUGGAAAUUGAACAAGUUUAGGUGACUAAACUGCUUGAAGUAACCCUGGAUUGUAAACUGUCAUGGUCAAAACAUGUUGAUACGACAGUAGCUAAGAUGGGGAGAAGUCUGUCCCUAAAGCGCUGCUCUUCGUUUUUAACAACACUAUCAACAAGGCAGGUCUACUGUUCAGUCGUGUGAUCAGGUGCCACAAAGAGGGCCCUCGGAAAAUUACAAUUGGCUCAGAACAUAACUGCCUUAAUGUUGCUGGACUGCAGAAAGAGUAGCUGCUGCCUUGGCAGCAGCUAAUGGGGAUCCUUAAUAAAUACAAAUCCUACACAUAGUACCCUCCACUCAAACGGCUCUAAGUCAGUGCAUAGAUAUGAUCAAAUGGUAAUCUUUAAAUAUAUCCACUGUAGUGUAUUGUUUCCUUUUCCAGUGAUGAUCAGAAAGCUGUCAGAUAAACUUUAAUUGACAUUUACAAAGUAGCCUAAUCCAUGUUUUCCUGGCCUAUGUUGGUCAACAGGUCAAACAGUACCUGUCAUCAACAACGUGGGAGGCGGGUUCACCACCCUUCAGCCAAUCUCUUUCCAGCAGCAGCUUCAUUCCUCUUCCCAGCAGCAACUCACACAGCAGUUCCAGAGUCAUAUGGGCCACAGUCCUUUCAUGGCAACCAUGGCACAGCUUCCAUGUCACAGUAAGGCCACAGUGGCAGCAUGUUACUCCUUCAGUUGUCCUGUUGACAGAAAUACAUGUAUGAAACAAGGAAUAAGUGACAUAAUAGAACAGCUAGAACUAAGUUUCAUAAAGUAUCUCUGCGCCUGCUCUCAAUUUCUCCAUUGCAGUGUACAGCAAGUCCGAUAUGUCUUCCUACCCUCCGUCCAGCCUACUGUCCCAAGCCACGGUCAUCACUGACAGCAGCAGCCUUGGAACACUGACCAGUCUAAGUGCAGUCAGACAGGUACUGUGAAGCCAAACAUUUACCAAUAUGAAAGUGAUGCCAUUAAUAAUCACUUAAAUAUAGGCUAAGUCAUAGGAUACAGGUACAGAAAAGUCUAGACUCACUGGCUAAUGAUCAUAAAUAGUAUUAAUGUGGAUUGAAUCUGAUAAUUACUUUUGCAUUGGUUAGAUUCUGACCACAGACCCUGAGGAGGAGACAGACCAACCCAUCAAGGAUGCCUCCCUACACCUGCAAACCCCUUCACCUGUGGCAGGUAAGAAACAUAUUACUCUGGUGUGGAAUAUUUCCCUGAAGAUGCAGUUUCUGACACUACAGGGGAGAUUCAAGACUAAAAAAACAACUUAGCGUAACACAUAUUUGAAAGUAAUUUAACAUCACUUAGGCUAGAUAGGGGUAAAUAUAAUCCAUGGUAUUCUCUAGUUGGCAGUGAAAAUAGGGCAUUUUAAAUGCAGGUUUGUAAUUGGAAUGAUAGUAGAGAAACUGGAAACGAAUAACUUACCAUCGCUUUUUUUCUAGUUUCCUCUGGGAACUUAGAGCUGUAUCCUCCAUCUCAGUCUAAUGAAACUCAUCCACCUCACCUCCUCUCCUCUUCGCCAGCAGACAUCAACUCCUACAUUCCUGAACAGAUGGUCUCUACUGCACAGUAG